CCAAAGCGGAACAUUAGAGCCGAGCAGGGUAAACGAACAGAACGAACGUGAAAGGAAAUUUCCGGUGAUUGUUCGAACCGCCAAAAAGUGAUUUUUUUUGUGUGUGUGUAUAUUUUGAUAUCCUGAGCUUAUGAAGUCCAGUGGAAAUAGUGACUAGGCUCUUGAUUGACAUUGAGUUGGUUUACGAAGAUUGUGGAGCCCUCAAGUCACGGGGAAGUCUAAGUUUCAACGGUCAUUAUAGACUGCAUCACGAGCGCCGGAGACUUCAAUCUACUCUACUAUAUCCAGCAACACCACCGUUGUCCGCCACCAAUCCGGUACACCAAAUCGGGGUUAGAGGAGUGUGAUGGUGCACUCAAUUCAGGUGUAGAGGGUACCCUUGUUCUUCGUGUCUCUCUGGCUGUGUCUCUCUAGAGAGUUUGAGUUGUCUGUGUGUGAGUCUCGUCUCUCUAGUGCGAGUUCAAGCCCCUUCAAGCGAGUUUGUGAGAGGUGGUGUUGGUGGUGUUGCAGUUGUUGAAGAAGAGGGACUGGUGGUGCAUGAGCGAGUUGAGUUUAGGCAGGUUGUUGGAUGGAAACUCCGAAAAACCUACCCGUGCUCCUUCCCUCCCUCCUCCUUCAUCCUCCAUCCAUCGGCAUCAGAAACGCGGCAGCACUUGGACCCAGCCAUGACGAAACGACAUGAAACGCAUGAACUGGAGUCAUUACGACAACUUCUUUCUGUCUUCUUCGGCGAGUAGGUCUUGAAGAAUUGGUGGAAAAAAGACGUUUGCCCUCUAUGUACUGAGUAACGACUUCUUAGUACUUGCACACCACGCACCAUACAUACGUACCUACCACCACUACGACGAAGACUACUACCGCACCAACUUCUACUUCCACACUCACUUCGCUUCGUGGAUGGAGUCUGCCAGAGGGAGUCUUUUUGGCGAGAUUUGGAAGUGGGAGAAGCGCGGAGAAUUUCGUCUUGAGGCCGAUUUAGUUGAGAACCGGUGGUUUUAGAGUGAGGACGUUCGAGCAUCGUUUCCUUCAAAUAAAGUGAAUUGGAUUGAUUGAUCAUGAGGUGUUGUUGACCAAAUAGUGCCUCCUCUUAAUUGACAAGCUGAUUGUCGACGAAAACAAUUCGACAAAGUGAGCUUCCAAGACGACAAGUACUGAUCCCCACGUUAUUAGACUCAUCAUUAUCUUCCUCAUCCAGCUACUCAUCCACAUGAUUUGGUCAUGAUGACGGCAUGAGUUAACUCGAAACCAUGGCCUGGAAAGUGCUAGUGUCAUAUUUGAAAGAACCCGCAGUCAUUGGACCUCACCCCGACAAAGAUGGUUCUGGUGACGGAGACCAUUCAAGGCGGAGACGUCUGGCCCCUGAGGGAGGUCAAGGCAGGGAAUCCCCGGGCAGAGGGGAAAUGGAAACCAUUAGUAAUUUGUCUUCCACCGACUCAUUUGAUUCAGAUGGUCUAUCGUCCAUGACCACCAACACCUCGGCCACGUCGUCGUCGUCAUCCUCCUCCUCCUCGGGUGCAUCCACCCUGACUCGCAAGUGGCUCUUCCCAACGUCUCCCGGUGCGACGUUUCAGAAAAAGGAGCGAAGUGAGUCCCUGGAAUCAUUGGACACCCUGACCACCCCGAACUUGUCUCGGUCCAGAACCGAUUGCUUGUCCCGGAGUGGAUCCAUUCGGAUCCAAGACUCGGCUUUGCAUCGUGGCUCAGUGUGUGGUUCCCCGGCAUUUCGUCGCCGUAAAAUGCGUGCCAAAAGUGAAUUAAAUCUGCCUCAUUCCAACAAAACCAUCCCCCGGACCCCUGGAGGGGGCAGAACCAAUGGUUGUACCACUGGCAUUAUGACCACGAGUACGUCUACACCCAGAUUGAACUCACCCAGCCGUCGGAGUGCUUUGCCAGUGCCCAAGUCUACCCCAUCGCCUCCAUCUUCAUCUUCAUCACCGUCAUGCUCCUCCAAUUCAAAUGCGAAGAAACUCAGCAGUCCCGUCACAACCACCACCACCACCACCAACAACAACAACAACAACAACGCUGCCCCCACCUCCACUAAUACCAAUGGAACCGUAAUGAUGAGGAACAAGAGGGCCAACAACCCAAACCGAUUACGUAAUGGCAGUUAUAGUCCAUCGAGAAGUCCGAGAAAUUCCAUUUCCUGUCAGACUAGUUCAAGUCCAGUCAGUAGUCCGCGGAAUUCCAUGUAUAAGGACACUCUGGUCAUGAAUAGUUUAAACAAUAUAAGCAACACAUCGGAUUCGUCUCCCAAUUCCAAGCCAGUUGUGAAUGCGAGAUCUGUUGGCGUGCCAAAGCACGAGGGUGAGAAUGACACGGCCUCAAAUUCACAGAAGAAACACAUGAGCAAGAACAAAGAGUCGGGCAAGUUAGUUGCUGGAUCAAGCUCAAAGGGAUCGGUGUUGAAGAGCUCACUUGGAGCUCCCGAAACCGAAAUUGAGUUGUCCUCGGCCAAAUCUGGAGGCCGAACUCGGACAAAGAGUAGUCUUCUUCCCCAGAGAAACUCUUUGAGCUCCGAGAGUCAUCAAACGAAGCCUCAGAAAAGUGUGACGAUCUCCGAGCCAAUGUACGACCAUCCCAAGCCUGUGGUGGCUGUGGUUGAUCCCGUGAACUCGCCGAAGAACACCCUGGAGGAGGAUUUUUCUCCCCAAGCAUCUCCAACGUCCCCCUCGAACGGCUCAUUAUCUAAAUCGAGUUCGGGUCAGAGGUCGCGAAUCCCAACCUCUCCACCCAGUCCGACGAGCAAUUCUGGUGUGAAUAAUUCCAAGCCCAACCAAGACAGAGAAGCCCCACUCACCAAGUCGGGCAACAAGCCAUUGGCAAGCAAGAAGAUGAUGGCCAAUAUCAACGGUACUCAAGUCAAGUUGAUUCAAUCGCCCAAGAAUAAGAGUCGUCACCACCAUUUUAGUCAGUUGGUGUCAGCGGGACAUCUGAACAAGUCAACACCGAAUUCCUUGAAUACUGUCGGAAAAGUGAAUAUCCGUGGAAAAGCCUCUGGAACAGCCAAACCGACCUCAAAGUCAAGACCUGUGUCACGAGAAUUCGAUUCAUUUGUGGGGAAAGUGAACUCUGCCAGUUCGUUAGGGUCAGUCGAGGCCAAGAAUCAUUUGGUCAAUUUCAAUCCGCGGGUGAAAAAGACGACAGAAAAAGUGCCUUCCAUGGGGAGUCUCCAGCAAUUGGCUCCCAAGGCCAAAUUUCGGUCCGAUGGUGAGAUCUCAAUCUGUGGCACAUCGGAUCCCCUGAGUCAUCACGUACAAGCGCAGACGUCUCCCAAGGGUGAUUUGACCGGAAUUGAGCAAGAAAAUAAAAAUCCCUCCAUGCCAUCAGAGUCAACAGGCCGUGAAAGUCCUGAACACGUCCACGAGGCUGCGCCCAACAAUUUGGCAGCUCAUAUGGACACAAAAACUUGCAAUGGAGAGCCUACGCGACAAUCAUCCCUGUCUACUCCCAAACGUCCGCCCCGGACUUUGUCCAGCGGUGGCGUCCACAGUUCAAAAGCAAUCGUUGCCAAUAUUCCAAGUUCUUUCAACUCGCGCACCUCGUCGAGCACCUCUGCUUCGGCGACAGUUUCGGGCACCAUCCCACAAUGUGAGCGAGGGCAGAAUGAGCAUCCUCCUCCUCCUCCUCCUCCUCCAUUGACGUGUACUUUGGACGAAUCCUCACGGACAGGGAAGCGAAUCGAGAAGAACGGUGGAAAGAACAGCAGGGGCAAUAAUGCCACGCCGGGGAGUGGGGCACGGAUUCCCCCAACAACGACGGCUUAUUCAUCAGUUGAGCAGAAUCCUCGGAGCUCUGCGGAUGUGCAGUGUUGGCCCUGGGCUCUACAACAACCGACAGACGAAUCAAGGACCAGUUCUGUGCAUAUCUCAGAGUCAUGCUUAAAGUCGAGGAAGAACGCAGAUAUUGAUACCAAUCAUUCACAAGUGAAGGGUCUGCGGGACUCCCUUAAAAGUGAUAGUGCGUGUAAGAACCUAGAACGUCAGCCGCCAUCUCGAAAGAGCAGACGACGGGAUAAUAUCAAAAGUAAAAAUAACACCAACAACACCAACACCAAUAUUGUCAAGCACGACUCUCAUAGCACUGCUAAUGGUUCAGCCAAUUCCAAAAGUGCGACUUUAGAUUGUGAUAUUGAGCGCGGUGGCUUUUUCAAGGCUCGAAGUCGAAGUCUCACGUUUUUUCAACGACUCGGUGGACUUCGACGGUCAUUGAGUCGUUCGUUGGGUUUGAACCCGACAUCGUCCCCAUCCUCUUCGGAAACACAAGCACCUGCUCAAACAAAAGACCCAUUGGCACUGUCCAAAGACGUUAAUCAUAAAACUAAUCAACCGCUUCGAGCCAAUCCAUCAAACGAAGAUCGAGAUUGGGUCUUCUUUCGAGGGUUCAGCGGAAAACGUCGUGAGGACCUGAUCGAGCCCUACGCUGUUUGCCACGGUCCGGUUUUGGCCAUUCAAUCGAGUAAUCCAUUUCCUCAGGCUCCGCCGAGACGGAAGCGACCCCGAAGGCAACAGUUGAUCUCCAAAGAACAGAGUCGAGAGACGUCGCAUCUUUUGAGAGUGGUCGACACCCUCAACCCGUUGAGGAGAAGUCUCUCAUUUACCGAUGCCCAUUUCAUUGCUCAGGCCGUCUAUGAGGGAGACACGAAACUGAUCGAAGAGCUCUACCCCGAUUUUCCACUAAGCACACCCAUAUAUGCUGUGAUUGACAAAUCGAAGAAAAAUCACACUCGGAAGCUAUCACAAAGACCCACUUCGGAGAUUCACACCGUCACCCCCUCAUUGUCGGUGGGAGUGGACUCGAGUCAUUCCAAGAAAGCCGGAGCUAUUGCCAAAACUCACAACAAUGACCAAACACGGCAAAUAUUAUCGUCACGUUCAUCCCCUGGUCCACGAGACCCCCCAUCAAGUCAGGCUCAUUCUCCGUCCAGUUCAGAGAAACACCACCACCAUCACCAUCGCUUCGUCCAAGAUAGGAAAUGCCACCCUCUGGAAAGAAACUCCUUAGCCACAGCUGGACAAGAAGGUGUUGCCACCUUUAUCUCUCCCACCACAACCCCCGUAGUCGAUGGCCGAGAGUUUGAGCAUUCGGAUAGAAUUUCAGGACCCAGUCGAAGAGUUAUCGUUUCGUUGUCCGAUUCCACGAAUCUCAUUGCAACCCCCAACAACUCGAGUGCUCAAGACAACUGCUACCACCACCAUCACAACAGCAACAACAACAAUAGCAUCAACAACGUUAUGAAGGGUAUUGAUGUUCAUCGAAGUACUGCGAGUACGUCUUCCUUGACCACUACCACCACCACCACCACCAGUGCCACCACCAUUUCCAGUGCUCAUGGUUUUCGUCGAAGUCCUGGCCCCGCUUUUUGUAGACCAGGUGACCAGUCGGAUUCUCUUCCCGUGCCUCAGCCAUUCAAGAAGGGUGCGAGCACCUCGCGCUACAGGAAGUUGUCCAAUUCAAGUGCAAAUAAUGAACAAUUUCUGCUCAACAAUUGCCAUUCAAAUGAGCAGAUCGCUGUGUCUGCGUCGCCAAGACUGAGCCACAAUACCCAUUAUCGUCAACAACAACAGCAGCUUCAAGAGCAAAAAGUUGUCAAGUCUCGUAAUCAUCAUAAUGGUUCGUCUCGAAUGGACAGCGGCGGAGAUCGGGUCGACGAUAACAAUGUGACAUUCUCGUGUCCUGUGAUGUUUGUGAAGCAAGAUGAUCCUCGGUCUCCGCAUUUGUCCGUGGAAACUUCUUCGUCUCAUUUCACGUCCGUGGACCAUCAGUCAGAUUUGGGUCCACCCCAAACGCCACCUCUCCCUCCAUUGCGAAUGGAUCUGUUCGAUCAUGAGCCCUCACUGGUGAUCUCGCCGUGGAACACCCAUCAACAUGGACGGCCUGGCAGCACCAGUUCCAAUGAAUCCUCCAGCGGCUGCAGUAGUGGAAACGGAAACGGACAUCUUCAAUUGAUCGAUCCCGAUGAGUGGCACACGACGACCGGUGGUUCCUUGCCAUCCCACCAUCAACCCAUAGAACGGUCACAGCCGCAUCCGUUCGCUCAGCGAGCUCAUACGCAUUAUUCUCAACGGCAAAACCAAAGGCAGAAUCAACUGUUGUCCGAUGAAAGAGAACGCUUUCAACCCACGCUCUCGAAUUCGGAUGGUGUAGCUAGUCGGACCCCCUCGGGAGGCAGAUGCAUGAUUGGCGGGAGUGACAUGCAACAGGACGUGUCGAUAACCACAUCGCGACGAAAUGGAAGUGGAGGGGUGACCCUCUCGCCUGGCACUCUUACCGGCUCGCAUGAGCUCAACAUCAAUGGUGACACUCGACACAAUGGCCACCUGAUUUACAACAAUGUAUCUCAUUUGAAAAGCCAUAAUCGGAUGGAUUCGCCGAGGUAUAUGCGAUCCGAGUCGGCAGACAGACUUCUAGACAAUGAGCGUCUCUUACGAGGACAAGACAAAAACCAGAGCAAAAAGAACAGUGCUCCCGCUUUCGGUACGGCUCAUCCUCGGGAUGCUCUUGCGAGUUUCCAUCACAUUAGCCCAAGGGACCAUUCCAUCAAGGUCGAGGAUCUGAGCAACGGAAAUAGCAAGUUCGAUUUGGACGACUCUUUCCGUCAUAUUUUAGCCAAAGCGGACAAUUCCAUCAGUCAAGCGGAGUCCAUACUUUCAAGCCUUCGAGUUGAGAGUCAUGCUGAAAUCCCCCGAUUGAUGGACAAAGUCCAUGGUGAUCUCGAUGACGACGAAGACCACGAUAACGAUGACGACGACGCCAACCACCACAAUCAUGACGAUGACUCUGAUCCUGAGCAACCCCAUCUCGGCUCUGAUAUUGAAACGAAUAUUCGACGCCUAGAGAAGACCCAAGCCAAGAUCAACGCCGCCCUCAAGACGUUCAGAACAGUCCAAGCCUUGUCAGACAACACCAACAUCAUUCGGAGCACCUUCCGACCACGUGGGGCUCUCGGCCAUCAUCCUCCCGCCAACUUCCAUCCGAACGCCAAUCUUCAUCAGAGCAAUUUGAACAAUAAUGAGUCCCAAUCUUCCUCCCAAGUUGGACUGGCCUUCCAAAGCCUACCCCAUCGAAACGAUGGCCUGUCACGAAGUCAUAGUCUGCCUCAAGGAGAUGCAGCCGAUCGAUCGGGCAAGGCCCUCACUGCUCCCGCCAACAUGGAAUCCGCUGCAACUGCAGCUGCUCAGGUCCCUUUGAUCGGCACAAAUCAAUCUACCACGUCAAAGGGUUCUCUGCAUCCCAUUGUGGAACCCAAUGCCCAGGGAGGAACGCCCAAAGGUCGCAAAACCAGCCUAUUCCGGAGACAUUCGUUCAGUUUGAUCGCCAACAAGGAGAAAUCUCCCGCUUCCGAGUGCAGUAGUACCCUUGAUAGUGGAUCCAGUCGGCAAGGCUCAUCGACCCUUUGGUACGAAGGUGAUUUGGAAUCCGAUGCUGGUCAGAAAUCGAGUGGUCAUCUCUACGACGAAUCCCAUUCGUACAGUGAUUCUGAAGGCGGAUUUUUGCCCUUGCGUCAUCGCCUCCGAGGGCUCUUGGGAUCGUUUGGUAAGGGAAAGAAGAAGAUUCCUCGAUCUGGAUCGGGUAAACGACGAAUACGAGUCGAACAUAUCGGAUCUAUUGAAGUCAAACAUGCCCAUGAUCAGAACAGUCCCGUUUUGAAGGCUCAACUGGGCGAGUUUACGCGUCAGAUCGAAAGUUUAUCUAAUGGCCGAGAUUCACCUGCCAACGCCAUCGGAGCUCGACAAUCAAUUGAUACCAAUCCUCAAGACAAAGAGCAUCAUCAUCAAUGUCAAGUGAUAUCGGGAGGAGCCACGGCCUCCACCAAAUCCAUCAUCCUGCGACCAAAACGGGAACUCGUGAAGAAUGACAGUGUGGACACCUACGCUAGUUGUGAGUCCAGCUUCAACGGGAACUCGAACCGUAACAGUGUGAUCAGUGGGCAAUCCGUGAGCUCGGAAAGUUUCGGUCAAGAGGAUCAUUCCGUAUCGGAUGACGACCGACGUGGUGGGGAUGGGCACUCUAGCCCCCAAUCCCACAAUGAUGAUUUGACCCCUGCUCAACGACACGAGAAGAAAGUCUACUAUAUUGCGCGCGAAAUCAUGACAUCUGAGCGCGUCUUUGUGGACAUUUUACGCUUACUGAACGUGGAGUUUCGUGAAUUCGUCCAGCAUGCCCGCAGGGAAUCCAAGAGUGGCAUCAUGCCAGACACGGAUUUCAGUCGCCUUUUUAGCAAUUUACCCGAGCUGCAAACCCUGAACGAGGACUUGCUCCAAGACUUUGAGGAUAGGGUGGAAAACUGGGACACGCAAAAGAAGAUCGCGGACGUCAUCGUGAAGAAGGGGCCAUUCUUGAAGCUCUACACCACCUACAUCAGGGAAUUCUCCACGGUCAACUACCACUUCGAUGAGUGCUGUCAAAAGUACCCCAAAUUUGGAAAGUUGGUCAAAGAAUUCGAGGCGAGGGAGCGAUGUCGGAAUCUGAAGAUCAAGCACUUCAUGCUCAAGCCGGUCCAGAGACUGCCUCAAUAUCGGCUGUUGUUGGAGGAUUAUCUCAAGCAUUUGGAUCCUCAGUCGCCGGAUUUUGACGACACCACGAAUGCUCUUCACAUCGUGUCCGAAGCUGCUGAUCAUGCUAACGACACGAUCAAACAAGGGGACAAGUUUCGACGAAUGCUCAAACUCCAAUCCAGGUUGGGAGACCUGGAACUCAUUCGACCGGGCAGGGAGCUUAUCAGAGAAGGCGAACUUCAAAAGAUCAGCCGCAAAGGAAUUGGCCCGAGGUACUUUGUCCUCCUGAGUGAUUGCCUCCUCUAUUGCACUUAUUCCGGAUCGUGGACCGGCGACUCGACUAAUCUCCGAGUGAGCUACAAGAUUCCUCUGACCGCAUUGCAAGUCCGGGUGCCUAAUUACGAUGACUAUCAGAACGAAUUCUACAUCACGUCUCCCGUUCGAAGUUGCACAUUGAGAUCGUCCACUGUUCACGAGCGCAACGAUUGGCUGGAUGCCUUGAACAGCGCCAUCGAGGACCAUGUGAGCCGGAAAGCCACUUUCCAUGCCGUCAACGGGCUACAGGAUAACUUUCAAUUCAUCAGUCCGGAUGAGGCCGGCAAAAUUGGGAACAGCGCUCCAGUCUGGAUUCCAGAUCGGAGAGUGACCAUGUGCCAGAAUUGCGCCGUUGAGUUCAGUGUCCUGGUGAGGAGACAUCAUUGCCGAGCCUGUGGGAAGGUCAUUUGUGCCACUUGCUCGGCCAAUAAAGCCCCCCUUCGAUACCGAGAGUUUGAGGCCGCCCGUGUUUGUGACGAAUGCUUUGAUUUUCUAGAAAGAGAAUUGGUUGACUUUGGGUACUUGAAAUCUCGGUUCAAGAAGCGUGAUACCUCCAAGCACCUCAAUCGGUAUGUGCCUCAAAGGUUGAAAGUGAGUGCGAAUGGACAAGGAGCGCAAAUGUGCGGGUAUCUCAAGCGGCGAAUGAAGAACAGCAAAUGGAAACGUAUGUGGUUCGUGCUCAAAGACAGAGUGUUAUAUGCUUACAAGGCCUCCGAGGACUCGGUGGCUGCCGACACAUUCCCAAUUUUGGGAUACGAUUUGGAUACUUUGUCAGAGAAAAACUUUGAGCUCUACGAAGGCGAAUAUGCUGGAUUGGUGUUUAUCCUGUCUCAUCCUGGUGGCGAGUCUCUGGUGUUCUGUGCCGAGAAUGAUAAUAUUUGCGAGAAGUGGAUCUCAGCCCUUCGAGAGGCCGUCCAUUUUGACUUGGAAGAUUCAAUUCACAGCAAUGAACAGCCAUUACCGCCUCCCUCUCAAUCACCAAAGCAGCAGCAGCAACAGGAACAACAACAACAACAACAGCAGCAACGCCAACAAAGACUGGACAUCUAAAAAGAUGCAUCCCGAUAAUUUCUCCGUGACUCCUCUCUAAAUUCAUUCAGUACUAGUCUGGAAUUGCUUGCAAAACCAAUUAUGUCCCUCUGGAGUCUCGCUCCAAGGGUGCUACGAUUCUCGUUAACUCUUCAAAAAUAUAAACGAAACACUGUCAGACUUGAAA